CAUUAUGAUAUACUUGAAUAUCCACAUCCAUUGUAAAAGCUUCUUGAUUUAAAAAUGAAUGGUGAUAAAAUUAGUUAAAUAUCACAGGUCUAAGUAAGCUCUUUUCAGCUUGAAAAUUUUAUUUCCACCAUCAGCAUAACAGGAUGAACUUCCAUGGAAUUUGGUGAAACUUAGCAUUGCACAUUGAUGCAGGACCAAAACAGAUCAAGAUUUGUUUUGGAGUUAGGAUUAGAAAAACUUGGGUUUGGGCUUUGAAUCUGGUAAUGACUUGAGAUUAUGAAGUGGUUUUUUGCUUUCCCUUUUUGAAGUGAAGAUGAAGAUGAAUCAUUCAGGUUUGAUACCAAUUGGUGCGGGAUGGAGGCAGUCAACUCUAAUUGUAGACCAAAUGAUGCGGGAUGGAGUCAAUCAACUCUAAUUGUGGAUCUAAAUUUGAAAACUAAAGAAAAAAAAAGUAUGAAAAGAAAAGAUAAAUAGGGUGUUAGCCGGGUUUCACUUGCAACACACAACUGGAUUUGGCUUUGCACCUGUUGUCUUCAUGCUUAUGGAAUCAACUAAUCAUAACUAAUUAAAAUAUUUAAAAAUGAGUCCCAAGAAAAACUAAAUCCUAACAAAUAUUCCUAAUCCUAACUCCAAAACAAAUCUUGAUUUGUUUUGUCCUGCUUCACACAUCGUAUGGGAAAAUGGAAAUCAAUACGAACAAUCUCCUGCCAUUAUGGAUUUGGACUUGAAGUUCAGGAUUGCUAAAUUAGAACACUUUGAGACCUUAGCAAAACUUUUGGAUAUUGUUUAGACGCUUAUGGAAAGGAGUUAUAUGUCCAUUAUGUGAACAUUUCAUUCGUAAAAAACUUUACCAUUGUUCAAAAUCCUAUAGCGGUGAUGGUAUUCUGACUGUCAGUAUUAGAAGUCUCAGCAGUUUAAGAUCACAAUAAUGGAGUUUCAGACUGUCAGUGUUAGAAGUUUCAGCAGUUUAAGAUCACAAUAAUGGAGCUUCAGUGUCUAAAGCUAUGAACAAUGCUUAAAAAAACUAUAUUUAAGUUAGAAAAUACUUCAAAAGUAUUUUCUUUGUAACCAAUGAAGAAUUAACAUUAAAUUUUGAGAUGUUUGGAAUGUUUAAAUUAAUACUUGGAAAAUGUCUUUGUAAAUUGGAAUUUAAGCGUAAAAUUGAGAUGAUAUUCAAUGACUUAAGACAGAUAUGGACGUUAUCAUGUUAUUGACUAUAAAUAGAGACCAGAAAAAAGGACAGCCUAACAGAUCAACAAAAUGCCUUUUAUUAUCUUCUCUUCACUUUUUCCUCUUGUAGUUCUCAUGGAAUUAGGCAUCUCGGCGGUCAUUAUGUUAUUGGUGUGAUUUAUUUAUAGCUGAGCAAGUACAUUCUUUCCAAUGUGGGACUAAACAAUAUGCUCGAACAUUCCUCAACUCCUCUAAUACUUUCCCUCAAACUAGCUCGCGCAGACGCACACAUACCAUGUCCAGCUUAUUACAUAAAAGCAAAAAAUAUACCCUAGAUGACAAUUUAGUGAAAGUAUCACCAAUCUGGCCAUCUGAAGGAUUAAAAGAAAUCACACUUCCCGUAGCUUGCACCAAGUAAUUAUCUCAUCCCCAAUUUGUUGCAAUUUCAGUAGCGAUAACAUCCUUUGGAGAUUUGUCAGGAUAAACUGGCUGGGCAUAAGUAGCUGAUUUUAAAUUUUCAUCUGCGUCCAAAAAGAUGUUUGUGCCCCGUCUUUCAGCUUUACAGUAACAAUCUGAAGUUGGUCAGGAUCUUGAUAUUUUUUUUCUGUGACAUGGAGGCAGGUUGUAGUGUAUCAGGCUUGGAGUUAUUGAGAACCUCUCAUACAUGGAGGCAUGUUGUACAGUUGUAACGUCUCAAACAUAGAGAUGAACGACUGAUAAGGGAAUUUUAACUAGAAGGGAGAUUGAAAUACUCCUUUACCUGAAAAAAAAUCAAGUGAAACAACUUGAGAGAAGAGGUACAGAGGGGGGAUGAGGGGAUUCAGAUCAUCUCCACUACCAAAAAAGUAGUGGAGACAACACUACCUUAUUAAUAGCUGUUGAUUUAUUUAGUGGAUGGUUACGAUUUGUCUUUGAGUGCAAAUUAGGAAGCAAUUCGAGUGUCAGAUUUAGAAUGAAUCAUAAUCACCCACUAGAGGAAUCAGGUUGUUAAUAAGGUAGUGGUCUCCCCUCUACUAUUUUUGUAGUGGAGAAAAUCCAAAUUCGGAUUAAGAGGGGUGAUGAACCCAUCGUUGUGGGGAAAGCAAAAGGAUGGCAUUUGUCCAAAUGUCUAGAGUUAAGAGGGUUUCUAGAGUUAGCAACUCUUUUGGUACAAUGUUAUGUUGGAAAAAAAGUCAACAUAAUUUCAGAAAGGAACAUACUUCAAUUACAGCUACAUGAACUAAACAAUUUUCUCUUUCUUAGUAUGUUGGAAAAAAGUAGAAGUGCCAAGAUCUCAUGUUUUGCCUUUGAUUCUAUCAAUCUACUAUUAACCGUUGAUGGAAGUUGACUUGUUUUAAAUUUCUGUAUAACUUAUAAAGUAUGAACUUAGUAUAAAAUCAUAGACUAGUUCAAUGAGCUUGGGUUCCUUGUUCCAUCUGCUUUUUAACUCCAAGCAGAUACCUAUAUUAGGAGGAAGACGAAUUCAUAUGUUUUCGAUGUUUAUUUCUCAUUUUCUGAGACCUUUCGAGCUGAGUAUGCUAAUUGUUCUGUUUAGCAAGAAUAUGAUUAUAAGUUACGCUUGUUUUGAGGUUUUGCUUGUUUUGAAUUGUUCAGCAGUUUUCUCAGCAGUAUCAAGCCUUGAAAUUACCUCUUGGCCAUUUUAAAGUUCUCUUCCGUGGAGACCCUUAAAUGUUCGCUGUUAGAAUUUUUUAUGUCAGUGUCUGUUUCCAUGUUACAGACCCCGAGUCCUUAAAUUGAGCAAGCCUCAUUUGUUGCUGUCAAGUAUACUUCCAUUUGAGCUGAAGUUUUUGAAGUCUACACUAUCAUCCUAAGAGUCUUCAAAGAGCUUCAUUCAUAUCAAACGGGUCAAUUAUCCACACAGCACACACGCACAAAGGAAUAAAAGUAGAGUGGAAAAGGGAAUCAAUUCACACAGAAGUUUUAACUAAGGGAAUGGAAUGAGAGAUCAGGAAUUUUUUCUGGCAAUCUUUCUUUGGAUGUGACUGAGGGUUCCACGUGGAGAAUAAAUCGAAGUGGUUUCUGUGGAAUGCGAAGUAAGAAGUUUGAUGGCUACAUAGACUUGGAGCCAUAUGAUACAUUAGCCCUGAGGGUUCGAGGAGAUGGGAGAUGUUAUAUAUCAACUAUAUACACUGAGAAUUGGAUAAAUUCACCAGGACAAGAAGAGGAUAAUUCAUGGCAAGCAUUUGUUUUUGCACCGAAAGACCAAUGGCAUAUUGCAAAGAUCCCUCUAGAACGAUAUCUACCAACAUGGAGGGGAAAUGUGAUUGAUGCCAAGUUAGAGAUGAACCCAGCUCGUAUACUUGGGAUGUCAUUCUCCGUUAAUGCUGAAGGUGGUGUUGUUCCGGGCGCCAAAUCUGGCCCCGGAGGUUUCAGACUGGAUAUCGAUUGGAUCAAAGCCUUGAGAACAUAUUAGUUUUGUCCCUCUUCUGGUUCUGGUCCCUGAAAAAUGAAAAUAUAUCAAUAAACCGGCAAUCCUGUAAGCUGUCAAGUGAUGCAUACCUUCUCUAUAGAUUUUGUGAUUUUGGUUUGUUGUACUCUUUCAAGUCUGUUCCUUUUUGUAUGUAUAAUAGUUUCUGAGUGUGAGAAUUUUGAGCGGAGAAAUUUAUGUUGGAGAGCUAAGCCAGUUACAUUUCAUUCAUAGGUAGAAUCUCUCUCCGGAUAUGCGAAUGGUCUUUUGUUAUUAGAGUUGAUGCUUAUGUAUAAUUUUUUGAAUAUUCUGAGGA